AUGCGCUUCAGCUUCUUAGUGGCGCUUGUGGUCGCUACGUUUGUCGUGGCUUGUUUCAAUGCCGCCAGCGCCAAGAAAGCCGCGAAAAUCCAGUCGGUCGCGGAAAUGAUGUGGCAGAAGACCCUCCCGAAGUUGAACGGCGUUAAUGCCUUCCAGAAAGCAGGCAAGGUGAGAGGCGAGGCAAAUGCUGCAGCUGCUAAGGCGUCCGCUGUCGCGAAGAACUGGGACAAUGUCAUUACCAAACUCCAGGCGGGAGGCAAGCUCAAAUCUCUGGACACGUCCAAGAAGGAGUGGAGAACAGCUUUCACCCAGACCGAGAAGGCUGGUCAGCUCAAGGGCGCGACCGAGGCGCAGGUUGUGAAGGCCACCGAGCAUGCUGCAGAGGUGGUCGCAAAGAACCCGAGCAAGUGGCGCUACGUAUGGAAGGUUCUGAAGAUCACGUAUGGCGCUGCAGUCACGGCUCUCAUCGUCGUCGGAUUAAACUCGAUGUUUUAG